CCCGCCGUUGCCCUAACUCUUUCAACCGUCUAGUCCGACCAUGUCGAGCCCCGUAGAAGUUCUAACGAACAUCUGGUCGACAUGUCAAUUACAACUCUCACCUACUGAUCCGUCUAAGUACCUUGUACAAGAAUUCAUCGAAGACAUGGUGCAUCACACGUCGAUGGAGGUGAUAGACGUCGUUUAUUGUGUCCUAGUAGCCGUCGUCUUCACUGUCGUUCGAGCAGGAUUGAAUCGCUGUGUGUAUGAGCCAUUUGUGAAGAAAGUGGAUAUGGAUGAAAAGGAGGCGCUUAAGUUUCCUGAGAGUGCAUUCAAGGUGUUGUACUACGCGUUGUCGUGGGGUUUUUGCUAUUACCUUGUUGUGACCAAGUAUGAGCUUUGGAAUCAUCCCGUUGACGUCUGGAAAGACUGGGAACGAGGAAUGGCAAUUCCUCUUGACAUCUACGGCUUCUACAUCUUCCAACUCGGAUUGUACUUGCAUGCGUUGUAUGCGACGUGUUUUCUGGACGAUGUGAGACGUGACUUCAUAAUGAUGAUUGUGCAUCAUCUUCUCACUAUUGCUCUCAUUGGAUUUUCUUUCACCAUCAGAUAUCAUCUCAUUGGUCUGAUUGUCAUCUUCUUGCACGACUUAAAUGACGUCAUUCUUGACGGUUCAAAGUGUCUUCUCUACAUGCAGCAUCGCGGUGGGAAAGUGUAUCCUCGAUGGGACCAUGCUGCCACAGUUGGAUUUCUAACGUUUUCUGUUGUCUGGUUUAUCAUGCGGUUGUACUGGUACUUUUACAAGGUACUCUACUCAACUGGCUACAUCUCAAUCGUAACGGUUCCAACCGGUCGAUUCUAUCUCUUUUUUAACGGGAUGCUCUGGCUGCUCUUCUUCAUCAACAUCUACUGGUUUUACUUCAUUCUGCAGGCAAUGUAUCGAGUCGUGACUGGCCAAGAACUGAAAGACACCAGAGAACGAGAAGACAAGAAGGAAGAAAUGAAAAAGGAUUGAAGGAUGAAAUGGUGACUUUUUGUAUGCAGCACUAUGUGUACCUUAUGUAAGUCAUGGACGUCACGUGAUUUGAUGUGAUGUAAUUUGGUUUGACAUUGGGCAGUGCUGUGGUUUUGUCACGUGCUAUUGACUAUAUAGUUGCUUGUGCUGCUUCGAUACUCAAUGUUGAUUUGCUUAUCAAUCACAAUUUAUUGUGCAACUUUUUCAAGACCAGAUGUGGAUAUG